UCUUUUUAAUUAUGUCUGUUCCAAAGAACGUGCCUUCCACUAGCCAGUUGAUUAAAAAACAAUUGAAUUAGAAUUGAAAACGAGAAUAAUAAAUUAAAUACAAUUCUAAAUUCCUUUCUUUUCAUUUGUACCCUCUUCCAUUCGAAAUCUUCUUAGUGUAAUCCAAAACCCGAUACAAUGAUAUUUUCUUAUCUCAUAUUUUAUUUACACCACUAUACAUACAUAAUCAGUGUCAAUAUAAAUACUGUCCUUCUUUUUAGAUAUGUUUCGAAGCAAAGGAAAUCCCUUUCUUUUUGCCUUUUCUCGUUCAUUCCAUCAGCAAAUUCCCUUCCUACCCAAAAGACCUGCUUUCAAGUUUCAACAAGUAGCGAAAAAUAGACACUACGCUUCCUUCCCCAAUUGGUCUUCUAACGGAACCGGAGCUAAAAAAUAUCGGACAUUCAGCCCGAAUCCUAGGGACAAGCGUUUUCAGUUAAUCGCUGGUGCACUCGUUGCCGCUGGUGGAGCUUACUACUUUACUCAUUUGGAAUACGUUCCUAUUAGCAAUCGCAAACGCUUUAACGAUGUGUCAUUAGAUUUUGAGCGAAAGAUGGCUCAAAGUGCUUACAAGGAGAUCAUGGCCGAGUAUGGAGAUCGUAUGCUGCCAAGUUACCAUCCUACAACGUUAUAUGUUUCUCGAGUAUUAAAAAGGAUUAUCGCAGUUUCUGGGAUUUCAGAUUUGAAAUGGGAGUUACAUGUCAUUCGAGACCCUUCGGCCAAUGCAUUUGUACUUCCUGGUGGGAAAGUGUUUGUUUUUGAAGGAAUAUUACCCAUAUGCCAAAACGAAGAUGGAUUAGCUGCGGUCUUGGGUCAUGAAACCGCCCAUCAAGUUGCGAGACAUUCUUCAGAAAAAAUUGCUUUUACUAGAGCUAUAACCUUUGUGUUUUACUUGUUAGCAGCUUCAUUGGAUUUAUCUGGACAGCUUGCUCAUUUAUUGUUAAACUUUGGGUUACUUCUACCAUUUUCCCGAAAAAUGGAGGGUGAAGCUGACUACAUUGGAUUGAUGUUGAUGAGUCAGGCAUGUUUCAAUCCUGAAGCUGCCAAGAGCAUGUGGGAACGAAUGGCUGCUGCAGAAUCAAGUAUGGGCAGUACACUUGCUUUUGCUAGCACCCAUCCUUCUAGUGAAAAAAGGAUCCGUAAAAUUCAAGAGUGGUUACCAGAGGCAAAAGGAAAAUUGGAGACCAGCGAUUGUUUUCAUCAAACAUGGCCACAAUUCCAGGCUUUCAAAGAAACUUAUUGGUGAUGAGAAAACAUGCUUCCUUGCAACAUUGUACAGUUAAAGCUUUUUCCAUUUCAGUUAGGCUUAGCUAUUUCUGACUUCUAUGUGUCCCCGCUGCCAGUGAAGUGUAUCAACUAACAUUACCCAAGAUAGAAGAGCAAAAUCAUUGCUCAAACUUACGAUACGUUACGAUAUUAAUUAUGUUGUUUUUCUUAUAGUCUUAGAUACGUACUGAACGUUAUAAUUACCUUGAUUUGAUGAAAAGAAAGUAUAGAAACUAUAGUAACCUAAGGG